AGGAUUUUAAUGAACCAGUAUCAAGGCUGUGAAACUGGACCGGUUCGGCUGGUAAUGUGGUAUUUGGAUGGAUUUAUGCGGCCGAGCUUGAUUGCGGAAAAACGUGUGAUGGGAAAACGUGGCGCUUAAGGACGUGAUUCAUGCUUACAGCACAGGGCACCAUGUUGUCCAGUCCAGACCCCAGUCUUGUCUGCAGGUCCAUCCACAUAGUGGCCCUGGGCAGCGAGUGUCCCGGAGGACUGGGGUCUGGAGAGGAGUCCGUCCCUCCAGUACAGGUGCAAGGAGGACUCCUAUGGAGCUACCUGGGCCGUGGAGCCAGGGAGCUGGACCCCACAUCCACCACUCCAUCCAGACACCCGCUAAACCCAGCUUUUAUGGAGUACCAAUCCAGAGUGUUCGGAGAUGUCCGGGUGAUGGUGCGGGACUGCUCCAGCUGGGACUUGUUGGACAGCGACUGGGCCAGUGUGCGGAGUGUUUUGGAACAGGCUGAUAUCGUGGUCAUAAAGUACUCUGUCAAUGACAAACUGGCUUUCCAGCAGGUGCGAAACGGCUAUGCUCCUCGUCUCCGCCCCCUCUUGCGGCACUGGGGUAUGCCCGUUAUCCUGGUUGCAGUGGGGGCUCGGCUGAAUGAUGAAGGGCCUCCAUGUACGUGUCCCCUGUGUGCUUCAGACUGGAGCAGCUGUGUCCCCCAUGGUGAGGGGCUCCAAUUGUCUAGAGACCUUGGGGCCACAUACCUGGAGCUACCUUCUCUCAACAAUUUCUUUGUUGGUCGCUACUUCGGCAGCGUGCUUGAAUACUUCAUGAUUCAGUGUCUGAAGCAGAAGGCUAAAGAGAGACCUGAUAAGAGACGGGGCAACAGGUUUAAUGAACCCCGCCCUCCUCACUUGGACCAACCAGCUCGGUUGCCCCCAGUCCGGGUGGAGGAGUCCAGCUUCUCUCAGGACCUGCAGUGGUUGCUGGAGCGUGGCGCCCAGUUUGCUGAUGUGGUCUUUUAUGCCGGGGAUUCUGGGAAAGAGCUUGGCUGGGCGCACGCUGCCGUGUUGAGCGCCGUCAGCCCGUACUUCAAACAGCUCCUGGUGCGCAGACAGGCGUGGGAGAGGCCCAUGUCCCGAUGCGCCUGCAGGGAGAGGGACGGACCCCACUCGCUCCUGUCCACCUGGGAUGGGGGUAUGGAUGAUCUGUGUCAAACAGACGGGCACCUGCCCGGGCAGCUUUCCCGGCUGGUGGUGAAGGACACUUUGCUGUGUAUAUGCAUGUGGGAGAUGCUGAUGUUUCUCUACAGAGGAGCCUGGGAAUGGGAGUUUCUGGAAGAGGCUUUGGCGGAAAAGCUCAAGAACCCGUUAGCAGUGGCCCAGCUGAUGGAAAGAAUACGUUCAUUCGUCGGGAAAGAGAAGGUUUCGAGGGACGUAUCGACUUCCCGUUCCCAGCUAGGUCCUCAAACACUGGGGCACAUCUUCAACUCCCCCCUCUAUUCUGAUGUCAUUUUUAUGGUGCAAGGGAGUGUACUGCCUGCACACAGAGCUGUUCUCGUGGCUCGGUGUGAUGUUAUGGCUGCCAUGUUCAGUGGGAAGUACGCCGAGGCCCGGAGCCGGGUGGUACCCAUCCACGGCGUCUCCUCCGAUACCUUCCUGGCCUUUCUGGAGUAUCUCUACACCGACACCUGCUGCCCAGCCAGUGUGUUGCAGGCUAUGGCUGUACUGGUUUGUGCAGAGAUGUACCAGGUGAAGCGUCUGCAGCACCUCUGUGAGGUGUGUGUAUGUGCUUAUUUGCAAAACAUGCCCAGCCGGGAGUUAGCAUCCACCAGCAUCAGCGUGAUACGCCUGCUGAAGAGAGCAAAGUGUCACAAUGCUGACCAGCUCUACGUCUGGCUCCUCCACUUUAUCGCCAAUAACUACCUGAUCUUCAGCCACAAACCCGACUUCCUGGAGCUAUCAGAUGAGGAGCGGGAACAGGUGGAACGGUUGCGCUGGCCCUCCAGAGGCUACCUGCAGGAGCUCAGCGAGUAUCAGCAGAGCAGACGCCAGCUACGCAAAUCCCGCUGCAGCAUUAUGUGACCUUGAGGAGGGAAGAAGAGGAGAGUCACAACCAAACAUAAUUCUGAUGCACUGUGGCUAUAGAAACUGUGAGAGUUUGGUGACAGGAGCACAAGGGAAGGACACUGUGCCAUGAAUACAGACUCUCUCAUGGUGCGACAAGGAUCUGGAUUUUUACAUGAAGAUGGACUGGGACUCCAAAUACAGACUUCUGACUAUCAUAACCUUGAACUAACUGCUGAGUGUACUUGGCUGGACAUGCAUUCAGAAAGCCUGGAGGCAAAACAUGGAGUUACUAUAAAUGCUAUUAUUAAUGAGUUUGAAUGCAAGAAUCUGAUUUUAAUAUUAAAAUAUUACUAUUUUUAUCUUCCCAACUGUGAUUCUGCCUCACAGUAAAGCCGAUGAGAGAAGCACUGGUGUGCAUUCCUUUUUUGCGUCUAAAGGAUUACACUUUCUUAGGUGUCCCAAAUAAAAUACAAUAAAAUACUAGAUGGACAAAAGUAUGUAUGUGGACACCCUUGGUAAUUACUGAAUGGAGGCAUUUCCACCCCACAUAUCUUAUAAGGUGUAUAAAACCAAUUUUAAUUAAUAACAAGCUUCCAACUUUAAACUUGUGUUACUUAAAUAGCAACUCAUAGCAUUAAAAGUUAUAUAGGCUUUGGGAAACAAUCAGGGCAGGUAGAUUUGAUCUUUUUCCUUUUUUUUGUUAAAUCUAUUCAGAGAUUAUUCUCGCUGUGGUUUGGUGGAGUCCUGGAGCCAGUACUUUUGAACUCUUUCCAGAUAUUUCACCUUUUUUCUCUCAGCUCUUUUCCCUGGAUGGUAUAACAAUCUGCAACCACACCAGCCCUUUGUUUUAGUAAAGUAAAGUGAGAUUUAUAUUCUACAGGGAUGGCUGAGGUUAAUUAACUAAAUUGGCUUACCAAUUAUACUCGGUUAAUUUAGUAUUAAUAUUAAUUCAGUAACAGAGGGGAGAGUUCCUUUUUUCAAAAGGGUGAUAAGCAUCUAGGUAAACAGCGUUCUUAAGUUAUAUUUAAAGAAUGACAUGACGUAAGUGUGUAUUCGCUGGCUUAAGUGGUGGAGUGUGUGUUGUACAUGAAAUACCCAGGAUUAUGCAAUGAAUUUUCUACUUGGAAAUACAGUUGUUAAUUAAUAAAUGAAAGAAUUGUAUGUAUGUGUUUAGAAGGUUUAUAUAUAUCUAUGAUAUGUUUUUGAUUUACAAACACUAAGAUCAGAUAUGACACAAAUUCAAAAUAUUAACAUACAAACUCAGAUUUUGCAUUCAAACGCAGGUGUAUAAUGGCAUAAUUGUAACUCCGAAGCAUAAACUUACUAAAAGCUGCAAUAAACUUUAAUUGUAUUAAACAGGGUAGGGUCAACACAUACUGUCAAAAGAUGUCAAUCACAUGAACGUUUAUUUCAUGGUUUAUUACGCACCUUCACAGGAAGACUUUUUGAUCUGUGAUUUACUUUUGCAAAGCAACUUGAAUAACACCUCAGAUUGUUAUUUUUUUCCAUGAGAUUAUAAUUUUACUGUGAUUUUACUAUUUUUAUAACAUGUACAUCUGAUUUUUUUAUUUGGGAAAUGUAUAAUAUGCAUUCACGCAGUAUUUAUAGAUGAUGUAGGUUGUUGAGCCUGUAGCCUGUUCUGGCUGUCUAGUGUAGUACAGUUCUGUCAAUCUUCAUCUCAAACUGAAUAAAGGCAUUUUAGAGGGAACCCAUUG